AGCGGCGGCGCUCCUCAUUAUUGUUGUGUGCGGUACCAGUACCGCACGGCACUCGCAGACAGUUGCAGCUCCCCUUCUUUCUGUUGUGUUCAGCCUGUGGCGCUGCAGUCAACAAAUAGUAAUUCUACUCAUAGAGUUUCCUUGGAAAGAACAAUGACAGAUCCAUCCAUCUUGAAUUCCAAACGAGUAAUCUAUGUAGGUGGUUUGGCAGAUGAAGUCACCAUACCGCUGCUUCGAGCGUGUAUGAUCCCUUUUGGGCCCAUACAUUCCAUCGACAUGCCGAUGGAUUAUGCCAAAGGAACCAGCAAGGGGUUUGCCUUUGUAGAGUUUGAAGAAGCCGAGGAUGCAACAGAAGCAAUAUUUAACCGCAAUGGUGCCAAUCUCAUGGGAAGAACUCUGCAAGUAAGCAUGGCACAAGCAAAUCAAGCCAACAAGCUGACCGAACCAGUAUGGAACAGUGAUGAGUGGUUUCAAAAGAAUCAAGCAGAUCAGAAGGAGGGAGAAGCUGGCAAUAACAAGUCUUAGCAUUAUAAACAUGAUGCUGCUUUGGGAAUGAUUGAUUUUACUCUGAUAUCAAUGGAUGCAGCUUUGCUGAGGGCUUCCAGUUGACACUAGCAAGAGAGAGUGCCAGAUCACUCCAUAAUCUAGAUGCUAGCUCGCACAGAAGGAUGAAUCGUCACCAUGCUACUUCAAUAGAUAUCUGUUUAUUUUAUGUACAUCUUCUAGUUUGCAGCUGAUUGGGUAGAUUGUGUCCAACUUUGGUACCGGUAGCUGCUGUCCUUUUCAUCCCAGUUUCCAAUUCAACAGAUUCGAUUCCAUGGCCUGACACAAUGUCAUACCCUUCUCGUUCUUUUGUCAGAUAGGUUGCUUCUCUCUGCUUAGUUAGUUUCCUGCUUCUUCUGGUGUCUGUGCCUGUAUUUGAAGGGCAUGGAUUUGUGGCAUGAGAUCUCCGAGCAUCAUGUAGAUGAGUUGAUGCCGUUUGACCAAAUUGAGUCCAUCAAAGGCGUCGGCUACAAUGGAUAGCUGAAAAUGGGAUUCACUGCCAUUUCCAGUAUUCCCAGCAUGGCCAGCAUGUUCAUGUGAAUUGUCUACCAGGUCCAACUGAGUGGGUUUCAAUGCCUGUAAUUUCGACACAAUCCCAUUGUACAUGGGGCGACUGUCAUCGACGGGUCCAUCAUCGACACUCUCGUCGGUUUCUUCAGCUGCUGUGUCAGUGGUUGCCUCCAAAGCCUUCUUCUUCAUCAAGGCAAGCAUGUUGAGAAAGCCAUUGUUGCGUCCAGGGGUCAACGAUUGAGCAAUCCCAGCAGUUUGAAUGAAACUGGGGUCCACCAUUUGAAUAUCAUCCGCCGUGCUUCCCGACAAUCCU